AUGGUGUAUGAGUAUGAGUACAUGGAUCAUGACGACGGCACAACACGCGUCGUAGGUGGUGCAGAUGCCAAGCCAGGAGCCUGGCCCUGGAUUGUCAGCCUUAAGCAUCCUGCAGUACCAGGCACAAGACACCUCUGUGGGGGAUCUCUCAUCACGGCAGAGUGGGUCCUCACAGCAGCCCACUGCUUUGACAAGAUCAGGAAAAUUGGCAUGGUAUAUCUGGUGAUUGGUGCCACUCAGUUGACUAAGCCAGGACAUGGAGCACAACUGCGACGGAUUAAGAAGUUAGUGCGUCAUGAACGUUAUAAUCCAAGUGACAAAAGUAAUGACAUUGCCUUGCUGGAACUGAGCAAGCCUGUUGACUGCAAUCCCUAUGUCCAGCUGGCCUGUGUGGCUGACCCCACCCUAAACCUGUCAGACCUGCAGAACUGCUGGGUGGCAGGUUGGGGUUCUACUGCUGCAAGAGGUGAGUUCCCAAGAGAGACUCCAGAGCCAGCUCAUGAUGUCCUACAGGAGGCCAAGGUCCAGCUCAUUGAUGUCCAGCUCUGCAACAGCAGUGACUGGUAUGCAGGGAAAGUCCACACCCACAACGUGUGUGCUGGUUACCCGCAUGGCCGCAUCGACACCUGCCAGGGUGACAGUGGUGGUCCUCUCAUGUGCCAGGAGAAAAACAGUGAUUUCUUCUGGAUUGUUGGAGUGACCAGCUGGGGAAGAGGCUGUGCCAGAGCAAAGCGGCCUGGAAUCUACACCUCCACUCAGUACUUCUAUGACUGGAUUGGCAUCCACAUCGGCCUGGAGACAAUUGAAAAUAGACUCGAGUGUCCUAGCAGAGACUCAAUGCCCCCCACGCCACAUCUUAUGGGGGCCUUCACAACUCCUCUGUGGCCGCCUUACAGUGAUUAUGCUGUGCAUGCCUUCACCCUCUACCAAUGGACUUGCGGCCUCCGACCCAUGAUGUCUGACUCUGGUUACAAGAGUCGUGACUCCGGCAAUACACGCAUUGUGGGUGGCACAGGGGCCAAGCCAGGAGCCUGGCCAUGGAUGGUCAGCAUCCAGCAUCCGAGGAUACCAGGCACAAAGCAUUUCUGUGGAGGGUCCCUCAUCAGGGCAGAGGGGGUCCUCACAGCAGCCCACUGCUUUGACCUCAUUUUUAACACCACCUUGGUCUACGUGGUGAUUGGGGCCACCCGGUUAAGUCAGCUGGGUCCUGGGGCACAAGUCCGCCAAAUUAAGAAGUUGCUGCGUCAUGAAAACUAUCAGAGACGUGACAUGAGCAAUGACAUUGCCUUGCUGGAGCUGAGCAAGCCUGUCCAGUGCAGCCCCUACAUCCAGCUGGCCUGUGUUGCUGAUGCUAUCUUAGGAGUGUCAGUGUCACAAGAGCAUAACUGCUGGAUUGCUGGCUGGGGUGCCACCACUGCAAAAGAUAAAACCCCAAGUGAUGACCUCCAGGAGGCCAAGGUACGCCUCAUCAAUAUCCAGCUCUGCAACAGGACCUUCUGGUACUCAGGGAAAAUCCACACCCACAACUUGUGUGCUGGUUACCCGCAUGGCCGCAUCGACACCUGCCAGGGUGACAGUGGUGGUCCGCUCAUGUGCCAAGACAACCAUGCUGAUUACUGGUGGGUUGUCGGAGUGACCAGCUGGGGAAAAAGCUGUGGCAGAGCAAGGCGUCCCGGAGUCUACACCUCCACUCAGUACUUCUAUGACUGGAUUCUGGCCCACAUGGGCACAAACAAUGUUUAA